UCAUACCCCCGUAACAGUUCGGAGAUUGCCGCUGGUCCGGAUUGGGUCCAGCCAUACCACCCAACUAUUGUACUUACUUGAAAUUGCGAACAAGCAUCUCGUUUUUGGAUGGAUUUUUAAGUUGCGAAGUAAAAUAUCUCCGCGAUGACUGCUGAAAAAGAGAGCACAUUAAACCUUACCUGGCAUGACACGGCUUGGAUUCCAGUUCUUAAUCCAGGAAAUAUCCUGGAUUACUUCAGUGAAAGAAGUAACCCUUUCUACGACCGACAAUGUAACAAUGAGAUAAUAAAGAUGCAGAGGCUCAACCAUGAUCAACUUCAACAGAUGACUGGUGUUGAGUAUGUGGUCGUCCAUGUACAGGAGCCAAUACUGUACAUCAUCCGCAAACAGUUCAGACACUCACCAACACAGGUGAUCCCUCAAACCGAUUACUACAUCAUUGGUGGUGUAGUGUACCAGGCCCCAGACCUUCACACAUUCAUCAACUCAAGGCUGACAAACACAAUAUUCAACAUACAGUCAGCAUUUGAGGAAGCCAAGUCAUUUUCCCGAUACCAUCCAUCAAAAGGUUACUGGUGGGAUUUCAAUCAGCAAGAAAGUGCUGAGAAAAGUGAGGGCAAGAAGAAACGGGAGAAGGAGCCAGGCUCCAUGUUUCAGCGACAACGUGUUGACCUGUUGCUAGGGGAACUCGCAAAGAAAUUCCCACCGAAAUUUGUGGCUCCAACCCAGCCUGAGGCAAGGGUUGUCAAUACCGGAGAUGAGACAGUGAAGACAGAAGCCAAGGUGGAGGUGAAACAGGAGAAGUUAUCCACAGAUAAACCAGUGGACAGCGCCAUCAAACCGCCACCAGACAAGAAACCGAGGCUGGCUCGGUGAAGAUGAGGGCAGAGUGAUAAAAUAUUCCAAUGUCAUAGGCAAAGGGAGGCUACUGCAAUUGACUUGAGCAAUCAGGAGUUUGUACUGAACAUGUACUAAAUUGACAGAUGUGUAGAGAUAUUAUUAAAGAGACAGUAAAAGAUCAAAGACAAGAUAACUUCAGUAAACACUGAAAUGUGCUAAUGCAUAUUAUAUUAUGAAUUUUCAUAUACAUAGUAUAAAUAAUCACAAGCUUUACAAGAACCCUUUUUAUGACUGUUGAAAAAGAAAGUAGGAACUAUUGCAAAGCCCAGAUAUCUGUUUUUUCUUUCAACUUAAAAUAUCAUAUUGUUUUAAUAUAUUUAACCAGUUGUUCAAAUUGAAGUGGUAACCCAACUAAAUAUUUCCAGGACGGGUGUGCCCUGGUAGUUUCCUAUUACAGUCUGAUCAUAGUACGGUACUGGGUUACCAAUUUAUUAUUUGUCAAAAAAUAAUAUGUACUGUAACAAUGAAGUGUUAGUUGUAAAGAAUGGGUCUUAGAAAAUAAAGCACAAAUGUUAUUUUUUA